AUGUUCACGUCGUUCGCUAUCAAUAACCUCCUAUGGCUGCUGUGGUACAGGCUGGUCGUCGAGCAUCCGUCAGUCGUACUUCACAACGGGUGGUGGUGUCAAAUACUACACGUUAUCCUGCACUAUUUUUUGCUAACCAACUACGCGUGGAUGUUGGCUGAAGGUUUUUAUUUGCAUACUCUUCUUGUGUUCGCCUUUACGUCCGAAGAUACUCUAGUCCGAUGGUCUUGGACGUUGGCCUGGUCAACGCCGUUGGUCGUCAUUUCUCUGUACACAUUACUGCGAACUAUCUACGAUCACACGUCCGAGUGA